AUGACCCACCUACAAUUUCCUGAAGGUUUUCUCGAACGAGUCAACAGAUUGCGUAGAGAACUAAACGAAAUUUCCAGAGAGGCACAACUCAUGAUAAACGGCACUGGAGCAUAUUUGAUGGUGGAAGGAUGCGAAAUAAACCUGGUGGAAGGGUGCAAAAUAAACUUGGUAGAAUCCUCGAAUAACGAAGGAGCACCACAAGAGAACGAUGUACUGCUCCCAUAUGCCUUGGAUAUAGUAGCCGCACUGGCAGAAAUGCAUGACCUGACAGGAGCUAUGCUUGAUCAUGACAAGACUCAGAAAUUAUGUUCAUGCCUCCCAGGAAAACCAGACGGCUGCAUCAAUAAAGCAGGAGUUACAAGGGCACUCUCAUCAAAAUGGGACGCGAACCUACUAGAUAGUGCAGAGGAUAAGAAUACUCACCCAAGAAGUCAGGAUAUUACAACCAAAGAACUUCCAGCUG